AUGCCCCACACCCGCCGCAAAAAACCAUCGGCGUCGCAAAACAAGCGCCUACAACUCACCGAUGACUCCGGCUGGACACACGUCACAACGAACAAACAUGCGCGCCGAGUCCGGCAAUCAACCCCGAACCCGAACACAAGCGUGAACGGCAAUGGCCAAGACAAUGAUGUCGAGAGGGAAGAAAUACCGGAGCAACUCGUCCCCGCCGAAGCACCACCAAGAACAACAUUCUCCGAUCUCCAGCGCCAACUUGAAUUGUACAGACAGCGGUGGGAGAACUCCGCGACCUGGGGAUGUGUGGUCGAGGGUUUGAAGUGCGGGGUGUCCUCGUUAACGGCGCAGCGCAAAGACGAAGACGAAGACGAAGCUGAAGACGGCAUCUCAAUCGUCUGCAUCGGUCUCGGAAGCCCCAGCGGCUUCUUGCGCGGCGGCUGGGUCGACCGUCGCUCUGUAUCGAUGUACCAACUCGCUGCGCUAGCCAGCGUAUUGAGCUGGAUUGAGAACUACACAUCUAGCCUGACCUCGAAGCCCAGAAUAACCGCUUACGCGCAAGACCCUGUCUUCAACACCUAUGACGAAUCCCUCCUCAACUCGCUGAACAUAACCGUCCUCGCGCACCCGCACGCCUUCCAAAAAGUCACGAAACGAACCCUCCUCUUUUGUCCCGGCGCAGAACGACGGCACCUCGAAGCGCUCCUUGCGCGCGACCCCGCGAUUGUCUUUGGCGGGCCGCUGGACGAUAUCGAGUCAGAUGUUGUGAAGAGCUUUGUGCAGAACAGGGAGUCAAUACGAUUGAAGGAGUUCAGCGAGCUGGAAGCGGCGUUCUGGGGCAUGAGUGUUUAUUUUCCUGCACCGGAGGUUGAGGAGGACGGGUUGGAGAGUAAAGAGAGUGAGGCGGAUCCUAAAGGCUGA